GCAGCGGGUUGAUGCUAUGCUGGUUGCGCCCCGAGAGGAGGAGAAGCAUGCCAAGCUUGUGAAGGUGGCGCAGGGCAAGCAGCUCACGCUGCUGAGGCCGAAGAACGCCUUCAAGUAUCCUGACUCUGAGGACGCCGUCUUCCCACAGCACGAGGUGAUGAAGCCCGUAGACUUCCGCGCGCAGAACCUGCCCAUGGCGGGCACAGUCUUCCGAGGCAACCGGCGGAAGUACUCCGACCAGGAGAAAGAGAUGUUGAACAAGAUCAUCAAGGAGCAGCAUCCAAAGAUGGAGGUGCUUGCAGGUGGUGGUGCAGUCCUGGCAAAGUCAGGCAAGAAGGUUUCUCUGGCAGAGGCGGAGCUGUUGGCCACCAAAGUGAACCGGCCGGAGGCCGUGCAGGCUGCCGAGACGGCUGAACCAGA